GUCAUCUCUAAUCGAUCAUUUGAGUACUCCCACUCUUGUCUACCUCAGAAUUAUUUAUGUUGUAAUAAACUACUGAUUGGAAGAUGAUGAUAAUUCCUGCUAAUCUUUGGUAGCCAAGAGGAGUCUGCUCUCCGUCACCUGCCAAUUGAUGAUGACUGAAUCGUCUUUUCAGUUGGAAUUUUUAUGGCUGCCAUCAUGUGAAGAACUACCUGAUGUAAACAAAUUAUUUGAAUUAAAACAAAGUGGAAUAGAAUUUAAACCAACUGGACCUUUAUUAAACUUGAAGAAAGCAUCUCUCGAACUUUUGUGAUUCUCCUAUGUUUAUUAAAGAUUUUGUCCCAAAUACUGAACUUACAAAAGAAGAUACAAACAAUAAAUCUUUGUACAAGUUUCAAAAGGAAAAUGCUAUGUUUCAUCAAGAAUAUUUGUAUAAUAUAUAUUGCAGAAUUCAGAUUGAAAGAGACAUUAAUACUGAUUAUAGUCGGUUAGUAAAACUCUUUAGUUCUUUUCGGAAAGGAUAUAUUUUGGGAUCAGAAUUAUGGUUGAAACAUGAGUUAAUGUAUAUGAUUGACAGUAGUAUAGAGACAGUCGAUAAAUAUUUUAUAUUAGAUAAAUUUGAGCUUGGAAAUUUUGUUGGAUUGAUGAAUUUUGUAUCUCGUUUUGAUAGUGGAAGUACAUUACAGCAGCACGGUUUUAAAGUAACCCAAAUCAAAGUCAAGUUUCUACAUGAUUAUAAAAGAUUAGAACUUUACUUUGUUGUUGGUGAAUCUCAUUUGAAAGUUAAAAAGCGAAGUGCUAAAUCUCAUCGGUUAUAUAAAUUAACAAUCCAUUACAAUGCCUUUCAUUCAGUAAUAGUGUCAAGAAGAGAUGGAUUUGUAGCCUAUUUCCGUAUGUUGCAGGCUCCUCUAAUCUAUGCAGUUGAACAGGAUGAGGAGGAUGAAAGUUACAUUUCAUAUCAAGAUCUGCAUUCUGGAACUGGAUGGUUCCGUGCAGUUGAUCUGUUCAAAAGAUGUCCAUCAAACAUGAAGAAAGAAUUUAGUAUGAAUACUGUUCUAGGCUUAAACUUUGCCACUGAAAAUUACGAUUUAUUGGUGCAGCUAGUAAACCAUAACAAAAAUAUGAAAGUUUAUUUCGCUCCUGUAAAUGUUGUGUCAAGUGAAAAUUCAGUGCCUUUGUUUCACAUAAAUAAUUUUGAAUGUUUCUAUGCAUUCCAGUGCCUUUUAUCUCGCAGCUUUGAAGCUGCAGAUCAGUUAAUAUUACGAAAAGAACUAGAUCAGUUUAAAAGUUUUGUACUGGAAAAAAGCGAAGAAAAUUCAGAAGCAUUAUCUGAAGCACUUUAUCAGUUAUAUUACUCAUUUAAUAAAGGAAAUGUUGUAAUAUUAAUGCAUUCUCUUCCAAUUUUGUAUGACAAGUUUGUAAAUCAAAUUUCUCUAGUAACUACUCAAAAUAAAGGAAACCUUAUUAAUACUGAAAAUCAACAAAAUAAUUUGUUGUUAAUAAAACGAGCUAUAUGUAUGCCAACACACGUAAUGUUUUUGCCUCCACAACCUACAUUAAAAAGUCGUGCUUUACGGAGUUGUAAUCCAGACUUCUCAUUGCGAAUUUCCAUUAGGGAUACCAAUUUAGAGACAAUAAAUAUGACAUUGGCUCAUGGUCCAGUUGCUAAUAAAAAAGUGCAAUUAAGGGAAUUUUUCAAAGAACAUUUUAAAACUCCUUUAUUAAAAGGCAUUAAAGUUGGUAAACGAUGUUAUAAUUACGUUGGAAGUUCCACUAGUCAAUUGAGAGCCCACGGUUUGUGGUUUUAUGCUUGUGAUAAUGAGGGAAGAACAGCUGAUAAAAUUCGUAAGGAAUUUGGUGAUAUAGAUAAAAUCAAACAAGUCCCUAAGUUUAUGGCUAGGAUGGGACAGACAUUUUCUCAGGCUAUGGUAAACAUAACAGUUCCUCAAGAAUAUACAAAUGUUGACUGUCCAGAAGAUGAUGUUAAAUGGGGAAUAGUGAAGUAUCUUACAGAUAAUUUAGACAUUGAAGAGGAUAGACCAGAAAAAUUUCUUGUAGAGCUGUCAGUCAAUGAGCGAGAAGAAAGUAAAGAAGAAGUUGAACAAUAUACUUUUUCCGAUGGUGUUGGGCGUAUAUCAUUGGAAAUUGCAGAAGAAGUUUAUAAAAAGUUAGAUAUUGAAGAUAAAAAACCUUCUGCUAUGCAAAUAAGAUAUGCUGGAUGUAAAGGCAUGCUUGUUAUUGAUCCUAGGCUUGAAGGUAAAAAAAUAUUUUUCCGUGAGAGCAUGAAGAAAUUUUCUUCAAAAAAUGAUUCAUUAGAAAUAUUGAAAUUAAGUGAAAAACGUACUGCAUACCUGAAUAGGCCUUUGAUUACUAUUCUGGAACAGUUAGGUAUUGAAAAAGAAGUAUUCCUCAAACUGCAGAAAAAAAUGAUUCAGAAUCAUAUUAAAAGCAUGUUUCAUGAAACAGAAGCAUGGUGUUUUUUACAUAGGAAUUCGCUGCUACGAUUGGAUUUUCUAAAACUGCAUAUAUCGGGCAUUCGUUUUACAGAGGACCCUUUAUUUAGAUCAAUGAUUUAUGCACUCUUCAGAAAGCAAAUAGAAUUACUGAAAACAAAAGCAAACAUUGAAAUUCCUGUUGAUCAAGGUCGUGUAAUGUUUGGUGUUAUGGAUGAAACUUUCACUUUAGAAUAUGGUCAAGUUUUUGUUCAGUAUAGUGAUUGGGAUACUGAUGAGCCAAGAAUUUUGGAAGGAACUGUAGUAGUAACAAAAAAUCCUUGCAUGCAUCCUGGAGAUGUUCGCAAGUUUGAAGCAGUUGAUGUUGAAGCUUUACAUCAUAUUCGUGACUGUAUAGUUUUUCCUGCUAAAGGUCAUAGACCACAUCCUGAUGAAAUGGCUGGUUCUGAUUUGGAUGGUGAUGAAUAUCAUGUAAUGUGGCUCAAGGACUUGAUCUUUCCAUCUGAUAACAAAGAACCAAUGCAUUAUGCAGUUCGAAAAGAUAAGACACAGGAUCGUAAAACUCCUAUUACACCUGCGGAUGAAUUGGAUCAUUUGUGUGAAUACAUUAUGAAUGAUAAAGUUGGCCUUGUUGCAAAUGCUCAUCUAGCCUUUGCAGAUUACCUGAAUGAAGGCAUUUUUAGUAAAACUUGCCUGCAUAUAGCCAAACUUUAUUCCUUGUGUCUAGACUUUCCAAAAUCUGGUAAAGCAGUACCGAAUACUAAGGAUGUCAAAGUUUCUAAAUAUCCUGAUUUUAUGGAAAAAUUACAACAAAAAGACUCCUACUUAUCAAAAAAGGCCCUUGGUUUUUUGUAUCGAAAUUGCAAACGUUUGGAAUUAGGACUGGAAAAUGAAAAGCAUGAAAUUGACUAUAGGCUUGAUCAAGAUUUAAAGCAUCAGUCAUGGAAAAAUUACGAAAAAAAUGCUGUAAGAAUGUUAAAAAAAUAUUCAAGAAAAAUAGAGCAUUUGUUACAAAUAUAUUCAUUUGAAAAUGAAGGAGAACUGCUUUCUGGUGCAAUUUUAAAUCCUCCACACCAUCUUGAAAAUAGACAUGAUUUAAAUAACUUAGUAGCUCUUUUGGAAUUUGAAAUACCACGAAUGUUCCGAAGCUUUCAGAAUCAAUUUUUUUCAGAGUUUGGUGGCAAACCAAAAGAUAAUUUUACGGAUAAGAUGUUUCAAAAGGCCAGUGCUUGGUACAUGGUUACUUAUAGUAGUUCAACCAAAAAUAGUUCUCAUUUCUUUGGCUUGCCAUGGGCAGUAGCUGAUGUAUUAAUUGCAUUGAAAAUUAAAAACAAAAAGUGCAGUCAAGAAGAAUAUAAAAAAUAUAACUCAAAAUCCCUUCUUGAAGAAAUUGUAGAUAAAAGUGUUGCAAAGCAUUUGCCUGAGCUUACUGAGAAUUGUGAAGAUUUGUAUAUUUAUGAAGCUAGAUAUGAUUUAUUAGAUGUUGCUUAUAAUAUAUUGAAAAAAUGGCUGGAAAACCAAAAAGAAUACUUUUCGGAUUACGAUUUGAAAGAAUUUCAAAAAUAUAUAAGCAAAGAAUUUGGAGUAGUUACUUCUGAAUUACUUAAUUGUGACGUUAGUUAUAUUAAAAGAUUAAAGAAAAGGAAAGACAUUAAAAAAGCAAUAUCUCCUUGUUACUAUGUAAUUGAAGCUUUGCUUAAAAUAUCAGAGAAAGGUAGUCAGUGUUUCGAAAACACUUGUUCAAUCACACAACAAGAACUAGCUUUGGUUUCUUGGAUUACUCUUAUAAAAUUAGCUUGCACAUACAAUCCACAGUAUUUAGGAAUUCCAGAUGAAAAGGGGCAUUAUGCUGAUAUGGUAUUUUAUUCUCCUCAAGAUGGAAUUAUUGAUACUAUUCAGCUUCCUUUAUUUGAUAAACAUAAUAAACAAAAUAUGAAAUUCAGUAAGAAAAUUGUUCAGGAUGAAACAGCUGUGAUAGAUUAUUUAAAGCAGCAGACAAACCUACGAGAAAUUACAUAUAGGUAUGUGAGGCUUAAUGAUGCUCGGUAUUAUGUAAAAUUUACAGUAAAAGGUACAAGAUUUGCAAUUGAAAAGCUGAAAGACAUUGUGGUUUUAGAUAAUUUCUAUCAAAGUGUUAUUAAAAACUCUGAAUUGUAAUAUGGGCUAAAUACCCUAGUGCAUCAUACUAUAGAAUAGUAGCUUCUUAAAGAAAUCAAAAUGUUUUGUUGCUUUAGGUCUGUCUAUAAAAUUGUAUAUUUCACACAAAUCAAAAUUUUGUCCUUUUUAUAUGCAUUUCUAGACUGUUUUGCUUCAUAUUACUCAAUACCUUUUGUCAUUAUAAAAAGUAACUACUUAAUUGAGAUCAAAUAAUUUUAUUCCUCAUUAUUUUAGUUUGUUACAAUCCUACUUACAACCAAGUGCCAAAAAAUUAAUUUUUGUAAUUAAAGAGAGAAAAAUAUGUGGUUGUAUAUAUAUUUUUGAUGCUGUGAAGCUUGUGUGUUUAAAAGUUGUUUGAAUUUUUAAAAUUUUUAAUAAAUAAAUAU